UAACAAACUCGUCUGCCCGUGACGUACAAUAUCAACAUAGGUACAGUUUCUACGAGAAACGCCGGUCUGGGUGGCGGGUUUUAAAGGACGGAGUGCGACGCUUCAUGGUUUCGGGAUUAAAAGUUCUUUGUGGAAUUAUAAACGAUGGCAUCUGUGAACGAGAGCUUGAUGGCACUAAAGACGGAAGUGGAAGUUUUGAAGGAAUGGCAGUCAUACACCAAUGACAACAUGGACCAGUUUUUCCUUAUAACUAUGGGAACAAUCAUCUAUCUGAUGCAGGGUGGUUUCGCCCUAUUGGAGGCCGGGUCUGUCCGAAGUAAAAAUACUACCAACAUCCUCAUCAAAAACCUGCUCGACUCAUUUAUUUCUGGGGUUUGCUAUUGGCUGUUUGGUUAUGCAUUUGCGUUUGGCGGAGGGAACGCUUUCAUAGGGACAGAGAACUUCGCACACAGCAAUCUAGAAGACACGGAGUAUGCCUACUGGUUUUUCCACUUCGUGUUCGCUGCCACCGCCGCCACCAUUGUUUCUGGUGCUGUGGCCGAGAGAUGUGACUUUGUGGCCUACCUCGUUUACAGCUCCCUCAUUACGGGUUUCAUAUACCCGGUGCUAACUCACUGGGCGUGGUCGAGUGAGGGCUGGUUACUGAAGGGCUUUACUUAUACUGUCGACAACGAGACAACGAUAGACGUCUCUUAUAACGAUUUCGCCGGAAGUGGGGUAGUGCACAUGCUCGGAGGGAUUGCCGCCUUUACUGCUGCUUUGAUAAUGGGGCCGAGGAUAGGACGAUUCGAUAAGGACACCGGCGCACCUGAGGACAUCAAGGGCCACUCUGUUCCGCUCUCGGCCUUGGGCGGGUUCAUUCUGCUUUUCGGAUUCUUCGCAUUUAAUGGGUCGUCGCAGGGCGCCAUCUCAAAUGAGGGCGACGGGGCGGCCGUCGCUACCGCCGUCAAAAACACCGUCAUCUCCGGGUCGUCCGGUGCGCUGGUCACACUCAUAAUGAAUAGACUGCCUUUCAUUGGCGACAAAAAGUGGAGCUUCCUAACAACCCUCAACGGGGCCCUAACGGGCAUGGUGUCAGUUUGCGGAGCAGCGAAUCAGAUUGAGACGUACGGAGCUCUGUGCAUCGGCGCAAUAGGGGGAUGCGCCUACAUGAUUACGACAUGGGUAGUGCUAUUCAAGUUUAAAGUUGACGACCCAUUGGAUGCAACUGCAGUUCACUUCGGCGGAGGCACUUGGGGGGUGAUCGCGGUCGCAUUCUUCUCAACAGACUUCGGCAUCCUUUAUCACUGGGACACACGCUCAGGACUGUAUCUCGCCUGGCAGCUGGUGGGAGUACUGGCCAUUGUUGCAUGGGGUGGUAUCCUUUGUGUGCUAAUGUUCUUCAUCCUAAAAAAGCUAAACCUCCUGCGAGUAUCAUUUGAAUAUGAAAUGAAAGGUUUAGACAUACCCAAACACGGCGAGCCUGCCUACCCAGUAGAAGCGUACGGACAUGGUUGGGAAGAGAAAGGGGACACACUCCGGUCUAUGAUCAAGAAGUCCACAACUACCUUCCAUAAUACAAUGAUCGGAGAAAAGGGAGGUCUUCCAAUGACAAUGGAUGCAAAACCCAAACGGGCGGGCGACAUCAAAAGCAUGGAAUCAAACUCCUCACUCUCCUCUAUCAAGACGGACACUACCCUGCUCUGAUCUAAUCCAACAUCAUUUAUUCAGUAGACCUGUACACGUCAUUUGUUAACACUUGUGCACGUCAUUUAGUUUGUAAAUUGUUUACGUCAUUUAAUAUGUAGAAUGUUGUAUACCUUUCAAUAAGUAAACUGUAUUACGUCACACAAUAAGUGGACUGUUGAAUACGUCAUCAAAAGAAGUAGAUAAUGUUGUAUAUGUCAUUCAAUCAGUAUGCAUCAUUUAAAAAGCUUCACGACUGUUUCAAUCAAACGGUAAUAUAACUGGUUAUAUACUUGUUGUUUAAAAGUAAGAGUCAGAAAAAAUCACGGUUUGAAUACGUUGAAGACGAUUGGGCGAACGAGGUCUUGUGCUUAUAUACACUUGUCAUAUAUUUGUAUUAUAUAGGUUUUAUUCCAAGAAAUUAUAAUAUGGAUAUAUUUUCAUCUUGAUUAUCCACCAAAUGAUCUGAUUAAUGUGUGUCUAUCAUAUAACUACCAAUAAUAUACAUGCAUUGCUCUUGUUGAUGGAAACAUGAUUCUUUGAUGUAGAACAAUAGCAAUACAGUCAAUAAUAUCAGGACCACGUGACAUCUUUGUCGAAACCCAAGUAUGAUACCUCUUGCCCAGUUUUAUAAAGAUGCCACAAAUGAGAUUAAAGUAAACUUUGGGAAACUCGAGCGCGUGAGGCCAAAAACCGCAACUAUGUUUACGCCAUGAGCUAAACUGAAUCCAAUUAGAUAAUCUUAAUUAGAUAUAGCAUAUAUGAGAUAAAAUAGUAUUUGUUAUAAAAUAUGAAUAAACAUUAAGAUUUGGGAUAUAUCACCAUAUAAAAUACAUCUUUCUAAAAGGUGACUAUUUUGUUCAAUAAAUUUAAUCA